CCCUCAGACUUACCCUAGUUGCUGCGCACGCGUGGAUCUACUCCGCUGGUUGUGUGGAGCAGAGAGAGACAGUUGGAGCUAGCUGUGUAAUGGCGGCCUCGGUAUUGCUGUCUACGGAGAGCCCGGGACCCAGUUUUGCGGUCGGCAAUACCAGAGUGCCAGUAGCCCCCGGUAACGGGCCAGGGGCAGUGGGACCCGCCUCUUGGAACCGUUCGCUGGACAGGGCUUUGGAUGAAGCUGCGGCCACCGGCUGCCUGAACCUCAGCGGCAGGAAACUGAAGGAGUUCCCGAGAAGCGCCGCCAACCACGACCUCUCAGACACUACCCGGGCCGACCUGUCCCGCAACCGGCUGCCGGAGCUCCCUGUGGAGGUGUGCAUGUUCGUGUCUCUGGAGCACCUCAACCUGUACCAGAACUGCCUGCGCUCUCUACCCGAGAGUCUGCUCAACCUGCAGGCCCUCACCUGCCUCAACAUCAGUCGGAACCAGCUGAGCACCCUGCCAGCCCCAGUGUGCAGUCUGCCUCUCAAGGUGCUGAUCGCCUGCAACAACAAGCUGGUGUCUCUGCCUGAGGAGCUGGGCCAGCUGCAGCAGCUCACUGAACUGGACGUGAGCUGCAAUGAAAUCCAGACGCUGCCUCCCCAGGUGGGCCAGCUGGAGGCGCUACGGGACCUCAACAUCCGCCGAAACCACCUGGUGCGCCUGCCCCCAGAGCUGGCUGAGCUGCCCCUGGUGCGUCUGGACUUCUCCUGUAACAAGGUGACGUCCAUUCCAGUGUGCUACCGCAACCUGCGUCACCUGCAAAGCAUCAUACUGGACAACAACCCCCUACAGAGCCCGCCUGCACAGAUUUGUAUAAAGGGGAAGAUUCACAUAUUUAAGUAUCUGAAUAUAGAGGCAUGUAAGACUACGCCGGAUUUGCCAGACUUUGACCGGAGACCGCUGGCCUUCGGAUCCUGUGUGGAGGACUUGUAUCCUGGCCGGCCAUAUGGGGCGCUGGACUCUGGCUUUAACAGUGUGGACAGUGGGGACAAGAGGUGGUCAGGCAACGAGCCCACGGAGGAGCUGUCUGACCUGCCGCUGCGAGUGGCCGAGAUCACCAAGGAGCAGAGGCAGCGGAGAGAGAGGGAGCGGGAGGAGGGCCGAACGGGGGCCCUCCUGGCCAAUGGCACAGCGGAGGCGGAGCUGGAGCAGAUCGACUUCAUCGACAGCUGCGCGGGCGAGGAGGAAGAGGAGGAGGGGCGCAGCCAGAGGGCGGGGUCAGUCAGCCUGAGCUCCCAGUUCAUGGCCUACAUGGAGCGGCGCAUCACCGGGGAGGGCUCCCCAGGGAAGUCCAGCUCAUCAAGAGAUUCUCGAACAGAUGACCCACGAAGACACAAUGCUACGAACAACAGGAGUGCCAUGGAUGGUGUAAGUACAGUGCCCUCUACUUUACACACCCAGCGAGUGUUGGGGUCGGGCGGCGGUGUGGAGCGCGUGCGGAAGGAGGCCCAGCUCGCUGCGCAGCGGUACGAGGAGGAGAAGCAGAGAACGCGCCACACGCAGAGGGAGGCCGUCGUCAGCUACGUGAAGCACAAAGCAGCUCAGAGCCCCACCACCCUGAGCCCCACGGAGAGCGAGAGCCUGUACCCCUCCAGACGUUCCACUCACACCGAUGACUCCGCCCUCUUCAUGAGCGGGUUCGAGCCCCUCAUGGUGUUUGAGAUAGACACUGACACCAACACUAUAAAGAGGAGGCCUGGUACACACAAGCAGUCUCUCUCUGGGAUGUCCCUUGAUGGCUGCCUAUCUCACGCUGCUGAUGCAUCCGACGCUGCCCCCCUCUGCCCGCUGCAGCAGGGAGAGGAGCGCCCCCCACUCUCUCCUACAGCCCUCCAAUCACCCACCUACCCCGGCCCCAUUGUUAUGCCCUCCUGUCGAGGCCCUGCCCUACGACCUGACAGCUUCCUGUUUCGACUCGGUCAGAGAGAGGAGAGGAAGAGAGGAGAUGUGGGGGCCCCCCGACCCGAGUCAGAGGAGUCAGGGCCCCCUCAGCCUGAGGGUCCCGUGGGGGAGGACGCAAAGCUGGUGGAACAGCUACGCAAAAACAUUGAGUGCCGGCUGAAGGUGGCGCUGCCGAGCGACCUGGGGGCAGCGCUGACUGAUGGGGUGGUGCUCUGCCACUUGGCCAAUCACAUCAGGCCGCGCUCUGUACCCAGCAUCCACGUGCCCUCACCCGCUGUGCCCAAACUGACGAUGGCCAAGUGCAGGCGGAAUGUGGAGAACUUCCUGGAGGCGUGUCGCAGGAUCGGGGUUCCACAGAGCCAGCUCUGCCUGCCUCUCCACAUCCUGGAGGAGAGAGGGCUCCCCCAGGUGGCUGGGACAGUGAGUGCGUUGCUGGACCUGGCCCCCCCUAAACACACCCCAUCCACUCCCACCACCAGCGCCACUUCAGUGGUCAUGUAGGACAGACAGACAGACAAACAGACUGACAGACAGACGAUAGGACACACAGGAAGCCUGUGGUUCAGCUGCAUCUCCCCUCACACCCCUCCGUGACUCCACGCCUGAAAGAGACUGAACGCAACAACCACAGACCCUGCCCACGGAACACUCCUAGCCCCGCCCCUGCAUUCCACUGCCAAAUCACAGUGAGAAACCAACUGAGACCAACACGCACUCCUGCCGGCCAAGAGAGCCGGCUAAGAGAGCACUCAUCCCCUGACUUCCGAGGCACAGGAGAGACGGAGGGGGGGAGUGAAGAGAAGGAGGAGGAGUGAAUGACGCACAGUGAGUAGCUGCACAGAAUGCGCUUCAGAAGUAGCCAUUCAGAACAGCCACUGAGACAGACUGACUUACGGGCAUAUUAAGACAUGACCACUGCUGACAGGCCGAUAAUGAGAGAGAGGUUGGAGAGAGAGAGAGGGAGAGAGGGGGAGAGAGCGUUUGUCUUCUCUCCAACUCAUAUUUUCACACACCAUGUCUCUGCAAAAGCAUAUUUCUGUACCAUACAGUUAUCCUGUCAUAAUUAAAGGUUGGAGUCAUGCGUGUGCAGGUAGGAGUUGGGCUGGCCAGUUGCCUUGGUAACAUGGGCUGUCUGCCAUUUAGUCCUGUGCAGCGGCCGUGUCACUUCAGAGGGGGGUCACAUGACUCUAGUCAUCAGGGGCAGUUGAUGCAGCUGUUAAGUUCAGUUACAUUGCAAAAUAAAUGGUUGUGUAAUAAGUGAAAGGUUAGCCUGACCCAGAGACCCCCCCUUAUAAACCCUUGGGCUUGUGAAGAGUGGCAGGCCUGGAGGGGUGAGCCAGUCCCACACCCUGUUAGGGAUCCUUUUUGUACAUAGAUCUUUGCAUGCAGAACUGCAUUUUGGGCAUUUCUCUCCAGCCUCCACUCUCACGGCAUGUAGAUAAAGCUAAAAUAGGUUUUUUUUAUCUUUUUAAAUUCAUAAAUAACUGUCAAACAGUCUAACUUCAGCGUAUAAUGGAGGAGGGUAACACACUAAAGCGACAGUAUUGUAUCGGUAGAAAGAUGCUGUUUUAAAAGCUUCGUAGAACCCUGUGUCCACUUUGCGCAGAACUGCUGCACAGAGCACUCGCAGUGGGGAUUUUAAUCAGUGACAGCAUGCAGUAAUACUGAGGAGCGGUUCCUGUGCGGAAGAGAAGUGGCUUGUGGGGUUUAAAGGGUGUGCAGACCCAGUGUGCUGAACAGGUGCUGUUGUGUCUCCUAACACGCUCUCGGCACUGUGGCCCAGGCCUCUUCGGUUGGGAGAGUCACGCUCUGGGAAACAAGGGGCUGUUCGGAGCAGACAUUGUGUAUUUAGUGAGCGUAAAAUGGGUCAUCCCUCAGCAGGGAUGGGCUCAUUUCAGAUUUUUCGCCAAAGGGCGUCCUUCAUCUGUAUGCCAGCACGUGGUUCCUCUUCCCGGGUUUCACAGUGAAGCUGCACGGCACCGCGUUUAAGCCGUUUUAGACCGAGGCUGAUCGUCUGACUGGGUCAGUACUUGGGAGUCUGACCAUCAGGGUGAGACCAGGUCAGUGCUUGUACUAAGUCAAGGUGAGCCUGAGUCAGUGCUUGUACUAAGGCAGGGUGAGUCUGAGUCAGUGCUUGGACUAAGUCAGGGUGAGUCUGAGUCAGUGCUUGUACUAAGUCAGGGUGAGUCUGAGUCAGUGCUUGUACUAAGUCAGGGUGAGUCUGAGUCAGUGCUUGUACUAAGUCAGGGUGAGUCUGAGUCAGUGCUUGUACUAAGUCAGGGUGAGCCUGAGUCAGUGCUUGUACUAAGGCAGGGUGAGUCUGAGUCAGUGCUUGUACUAAGUCAGGGUGAGUCUGAGUCAGUGCUUGUACUAAGUCAGGGUGAGUCUGAGUCAGUGCUUGUACUAAGUCAGGGUGAGUCUGAGUCAGUGCGUGUACUAAGUCAGGGUGAGCCUGAGUCGGUGCUUGUGCUAAUUCAGGGUGAGAUGUCAGAUUGUCAGUGAUGUCAGUAUUGAUGGUGGUGGGCUGAAAUCACUGCCCUACUUGUGAGAUUGUGAUUGACAGUGAUGUGGGUGGAGGGAUUUUUAGCUCCUGUGGUACUCAUAUCCUGGGCUCACAAAGGGAGUGGCCAAAAAUGAUAAAUACAGAAAAUAGGGGGGAACAAAAAAACAGAUGUAAACACAAGGUAUAUUUCUACCAUUUUAACUUACUUUUUUACUGACCUUGAGUUUUGAAAAGGGAAGUUAAAAGUGAUUUCAUUACGAUUAAAUUGUUACAAGUGUUGUUUUAAUUAUGUAUAGAUUUUUCUUGUGAUUUUUUUUACAUGAGUAGGGCGGUUCCUUGCAGCGAUCAUGUGACACUACAGCAGGGUUGUUCCCUGCAUGACUCUGUACAGUAAAUAAAUACAUUCCAUACGUUUAUAAGUAUGUAGCUCUUUCUGUUUACCCCAAAGGACUUUCCUUUGCAACAGCCCCCUCCUACAGCCAAACAUUUUUACUUUUCGUUUUUACUUUUCCCGUGUUUUCUAAUGAAAUGCACCCUCUCGCACCCCACUAGCACUCUCUUGGGUUAAAAUGACAGGAGAAAAAAAAAAUGAAACAAUGUUCUGGAAUGAACAUUGGCUGUUAUUUUUAAAUGUAUCAAUAAAAGUUUCCCACCUCUGC